AUGACCCCCACCUUUUUUUCUUUUCUUUUUUUCAUCUCGACUGGGUCAGCUUUCUUCUUUCUUCAUUUUACAUAUAUGAUAUGUCAGCAUAAUAUGCGCAAUAUUAUAAGAGGUUUUGAUAAAGAUAUCACACCACCUUGCAGGUGUGGCAAAACAUUAACCCUCUCGACACACCGUCGUGAUACCGCCCCAACCCACUACUCCCGUCACUCUCUCUCUCUCUCUUUUCUGGAGUUCAUCCUCUCUCUUUUUCAUUCUUACAUUUCCUCAUCUAUACAUAUUUAUCUGUCCAUAUAUCUAUCUCCCCGUCACAUUUUUCCUUUUCUUUCUAUCUCUCCUCAUCCAAUGCUUUUCUUUCUUCUUUGUUUUCUCUAUUUAAAUCUCCCCACCCCUCUUUCUCUCACCACUGAAUGCUUUUCGUUUAAUGUCUCUCUUUUUAUACGUUUCCCACUUUCUCUUCCUUUUCACUCCCUACUUUUCUUAGUUACCUCUCUCCCUCUCUCUCUAUCGGUUACUUUCCUCGCUCUACCUCUCCCACUUCUCUCGAUCUUAUUCUCAUUGUCAUUCUUUCCUCGCGUUCACAAUCUUUCACCCUCGUUUUCCUCGUUCACUCUCUCUUUGUCUCUCACUUUCUUGGCUCUCUCUCUCUCCCUGUUCCUCGCUUUCAUCUCUCUCUCUCUCUCGGACACGAUCUGUUAA